UGACGUCGACCUUCCCAUGAUGCAGCGGGGCUCUGCUAGGGAAAGAUGGCCGAGGGCGGAGCGGCUGAUCUAGAAACCCAGCGAGCUGAGAUCGCGGCGCUGCUGAAAACACAGCUGCGGAAGGGAGACACUUGGUAUUUAGUAGAUAGCCGCUGGUUCAAGCAGUGGAAGAAAUAUGUUGGUUUCGACAGCUGGGACAAAUACCAGAUGGGAGAACAGAAUGUAUAUCCUGGCCCCGUUGACAACUCUGGCCUCCUCAAAGAUGGCGACUCCCAGGCCCUUAAGGAACACCUCAUCGAUGAGCUGGACUACAUCCUGGUGCCCACUGAGGGCUGGAAUAAGUUAGUGAGCUGGUAUGGACUGACUGUGAGUCAAGAGCCAAUAGCACGCAAGGUUGUUGAGCAGGGUAUGUUUGUAAAGCACUGCAAAGUCGAGGUAUAUCUCACAGAGCUGAAAUUGUGUGAAGAUGGCCACAUGGACAACGUUGUAACAAGACGAUUUAGCAAAGCAGACACAAUAGACACUAUAGAAAAGGAGAUGAGGAAAAUGUUUAGCAUCCCCGAUGAAAAGGAAACUCGAUUGUGGAACAAGUACAUGAGUAACACGUUUGAGCCUCUCACCAAGCCUGACAGCACUAUUCAGGACGCUGGUCUUUACCAAGGACAGGUUCUUGUUAUAGAGCAAAAAAAUGAGGAUGGAACGUGGCCGAGAGGUUCUUCAGCAACCAAGGCUUCAGGUGCCUCCAAUCUUUCAACUUUACCAAAGAUCUCGCCUUCAUCUCUCACAAACAGUUAUGCCAGCUUCAACAACAGAAAUGUAAAAAACUCAAACUACUGUAUCCCGUCAUAUCCUCCAUAUAACAGCUAUGAUUACCCAGAGCCAGGAAGACACAAUGAGCUGCCUGGCCUGUGUGGCCUGUGUAACUUGGGGAACACGUGCUUUAUGAACUCGGCAGUCCAGUGUUUAAGCAAUAUACCUCCGCUCACUGAAUACUUUUUAAAAGACAAAUACCAGGAAGAGCUAAACAUCGACAACCCUCUAGGAAUGCGAGGCGAAAUAGCGAAAGUGUAUGCCGAGCUGAUCAAGCAGAUAUGGUCAGGAAAAUACAGCUAUGUCACUCCAAGGCCUUUUAAGACUCAAGUUGGCAGGUUUGCACCUCAGUUUUCAGGAUACCAGCAGCAAGAUUCCCACGAGCUCCUGGCCUUCCUUCUUGAUGGAUUACACGAAGAUCUUAACAGGAUAAGAAAAAAGCCCUACAUCCAGCUCAAGGAUGCAGAGGGGAGGCCUGAUAAGAUUGUUGCUGAAGAAGCCUGGGAAAAUCAUAUAAAGAGGAAUGACUCCAUCAUUGUGGAUAUAUUUCAUGGGCUCUUCAAAUCCACGCUAGUCUGUCCCGUGUGCGCCAAGGUCUCCGUGACCUUUGACCCUUUCUGUUACCUGACACUCCCUCUGCCCAUGAAGAAAGAACGGACUCUUGAAGUCUACCUUGUGCGAUUGGAUCCUCUCGCAAAAAUAAUGCAGUACAAGCUUGUGGUACCCAAAGUUGGGUACAUUUCUGACCUCUGCACUGCUCUCUCAGCUUUAUCAGGUGUACCUUCAGACAGGAUGAUUGUAACUGACAUCUACAACCACCGAUUUCAUAGAAUAUUUGCUAUGAAUGAGAAUCUAAGUAGCAUCAUGGAACGGGAUGACAUUUAUGUCUUUGAAAUAGCCAUCAAUCGGGCCGAGGACACCGACCACGUUGUCAUCCCUGUUCAUCUGCGGGAGAAGUACCGACAGUCAGGCUACAACCACACCAGCUCGCCUUUGUUUGGACAGCCAUUUCUGAUCACUGUGCCACGCCACCUGAGUGAAGACAAGCUCUAUAAUAUGCUGCUCAUGAGAAUGUGCCGCUAUGUUAGAACCUCUCCUGAACACGAGGAGGUGGAAGAGACCUCUUGUUGCAAAGACCAUGGAAUCAACAGCAAUGGCACUAAUGGUUUACUUGAGGAAGGCUCUCCGAGUGAGAUGGAGACGGAUGAACAGGAUGACGAAUCCAGCCAAGAUCAGGAGCUUCCUUCUGAAAAUGACAACAGCCAAUCGGAGGAAUCUGUAGGCGGAGACAAUGAUUUGGAGAAUGGGAUUGGUCCAGAACAGAUAUGCAAAGGCCAACAGUUCGUGGGGCACAAAAAACGACUUUUCACAUUCCAGUUUAAUAACAUGGGGAAAACGGACUUCACCUACAUCAAGGAAGAGCCCAGGCAGAUCAGAUUUGAUGAUGGGCAUCUUCGACUAAGUGAUAGGUCAUAUCUUUCUUUGGACUGGGAACCUGAAAUGAAGAGCAAAUACUUUGAUGAGUGUGCAGCAGAGGACUUUGAGAAGCACGAAAGCAUGGAAUACAAGCCUCAGAAAAAGGCCUUUUUCAGGUUGAAAGACUGCAUCGAGCUUUUCACUACAAAGGAGAAACUAGGCGCAGAAGAUCCGUGGUACUGUCCAAACUGCAAACAGCAUCAGCAAGCCACCAAGAAGCUGGAUCUAUGGUCCUUGCCUCCUGUGCUGGUGGUGCACCUUAAGCGCUUCUCCUAUAGCCGCUACAUGAGGGACAAGCUGGACUCCCUGGUGGAUUUCCCUAUAAGUAAUUUGGAUAUGUUGGAGUUCCUGAUCAACCCGAAUGCUGGUCCUUGUCGUUAUGAUCUGAUUGCUGUUUCUAACCAUUAUGGAGGAAUGGGUGGUGGACACUAUACUGCUUUUGCUAAAAACAAGGAUGAUGGCAAGUGGUACUACUUUGAUGACAGCAGUGUUUCACCUGCAUCUGAAGAGCAGAUAGUGUCAAAGGCUGCUUAUGUGCUCUUCUACCAGAGGCAGGACACGAUUAGUGGCACUGGAUACUUUGCACUAGACCGCGAAGACCAGCCGGCCCCCCCAGUUCUGGGCGCCGCUGCUCAGAGCGACGAGGACCUGAACGACAACGAGAACGAGAACGAGAACGAGAAUGACAACGACAACGACGAGCACGAUCUCAACAACGAAAUCUGUAUGCACACCAACUGAGGGGGUGGGAAGGGGGGCCUCCGGAGCUACAGUCGGAGAAUGCCCCUCCCACCCCCCUUCCUCCACCGCCGGGAGAUAUCUGCCCUGACGCCGGAAUGUUCCCUCAACAGUGCGACAAGCCAAGAGACACUGAGCAAUCUGGGCAUUCGGGGUGCCCGUUCCUGUUUCGCUUCCCCCCUGAUUUUAGAAUGCAUACGUUUCUUUUCAAUUGUGGACAGAUCGUCUGCAUCAAGAUGCGCUGAUAAUGAUAGCCCGCAGAGCACUUACAAACACACAGGGUGUACGCUGCAUACAUCUCUGUCUCCGAUUCAAAGAUGGGGGCAGGUUUGUGCGUUUCUCCCCCCACCAGUGUGAUUAUUUUACAGUCUCUAGGGGAGGGGCAGGUGUUUGCAUAUUGCUUUUUUUAUUUUUGCCUUGUAAAUACUCCAACUGAGCACUGAGAAAUGUUCUUACUUACUGUGGUGAAACUGCUGGACUGUCAAACAGAAACUAGAUUUGCACAAUCACCCCAUUUGGUAGGUAAUCCAGUGCCAGGCGUACUGCAAAUGUUUUACACUCAGAGGGUUUUCACCCACCUUCAGGCUUAGUGCUAAGGAAAGCUGCCUUUAAACUGUAGUAGAAAGUGUGCUUCAUCGGACACUGCUGCUCAGUGCUGUGUUGUGUAUGCUACUACAGUUGUGUUCUUUUGUAUAAGCUGCUGUUAUAACUGAAACAAAUUCCUCUACCCAAACUGGCCCCUUAUGCCCGGUGUACUUUAUACAUACGUAGAAGUUGAUUCUGCUACAUACAGUAUAUGACACCCUUGAGGUGUAGCGAAAUAAAUGUGGUUAAUCCAAAAUGCUCCGUUACCCUUAUCCCUCAAAACAUUCAGCGUAGAGGCUUUGAGAUUAUAAAUGUUGGUGAUAUACAAGAUUUUUUGUUUUGCGAUCCUACUAGAAGUCACCAAAGCCUUACUGUAAUCUCAGACCAUAGCUCUUGCAUUGUGAAAGUACCAUCCGCAUGCUCCGUUGCACACAAAUCUCAUUUAGCUCCAUAUUUAGUAUCAAUUAGUCAUGAAAUGGAGGUCCAGGAUAUUGGUAAUAUGUGUGAAGUGUUAUCUGUUUUGAUUUAUGCCUUCCAUACAUCUGUAAGUCUAGAUCUUUUUUUUUUUGGGUGGGGGCUGGAUGGACAGUAUGUGGAGUUUGGGAUUUUAUUGCCUUUAUUAGUAGCUAUACAAAUGCUGGGGUACUGUUAAUGUAUCUUAUACCUAAGUAAAUGCUUUAUUGUAAUCCACUUGCAAGAUUCUGAACAGUGAUCUUUGUUGGGAGGGAAUUCAAAUAUUUAUCUGACUGAGUGAGAUGUGAAAUUCAACAGGCUAUAAAUAUUGUAUAUAAAGAGUUCACUCUGUGAGUGCGCCUUUGGUAAAUUAAUUUAUUUAUAUGUUAGCAUUAAAAAAGCAAUGUAUUUAAACUGGGGAAAAAGUAAGAUGUAUGGGAUAUAAGGCUUUGCUCUGUAGCUCAUAAGUCUUGCCAGUGUUCUCUUCCUGGUGUUUUGAGGAUGCUGUUUGAUUUGGAAAAUUUUGUAUAGUUAAUAAAAAAACGUCCCGCAUGACAGGGGUGGCAUAUUUUGGCUGCACUUGAGUUCACUUGGGUUUACAUUUGAAAUGUGCAUGUUUAUUUAUAUACAGACUUCAAUAAAGUUAUGCAAAGCCUUG